AUGACACUGGCUAGUCAGUGGGCCGACGAGUUGGCGAAGCACGCGCCGACGCUGAAGGUGCUGCUCUAUGACGGGUGGAGCAAGCUCGGCGUGCCACUCACCGACGGCGCUGCGACGAAGCUCCGGGACGAGCUGAAGAAGAAGCAGAGUCGCCCCACCAGACGCACGGACGCCCGCGCGCAGAAAAGCGCGGCGGUGGAGUUCGCUGGUAAGCAGGUCACCGAUCCCGCGGAUAUCAUGGACUGGGCGCACUACGCCAACACGUUCGACGUGGUGAUCACGACGUAUGCGACGCUGCGGGUCGAGGUCAAUGUUGCGCGCGCGGCGCCCGUGCGCCCGCGCCGCGGCGACGUUGUCUAUGCGAAUGCGGAGCGGCCGCGGAGUCCUUUGGUGAGCGUCGAGUGGCUGAGGGUGGUCAUGGACGAGGUGCAGAUGGCUGGCGGCGGAAAGACCGAGGAUAUGGUAGGGAUGAUCCCGCGGCUAUCGUCGCUCGCGGUGUCUGGUACGCCUGCUAAAGGACAGGUAUCGGAUUUGCUCCACGUUAUAAGGUUCCUUCGUCUCGAGAAUGUUAUCGGUUCGCCGAAGAAUUGGAGUACCCUGCUACAGCCUAGCCUCGCGCGCGAGUUCGCUGCCUUCUUCGAGUACUACGGGAUCAGAACAACGAAGGCCCUCGUGAAGGAUGAAUUAAAGAUCCCGACACAGACACGGUACCUUGUACCUAUAAGCCUCGGACGCGUUGAGAGACAUGUGUAUGAUCAGGCCCUCGAGGAGGCUCUACUCCAUCUUGGUCUUGAUGCUCGAGGGGUUGCAGCGUCAGAAGGCUGGGACAUCGACGGCGCCCUGUUGAGGGUUCGCGUCAGGCACCUUCGUGGUAUCUGUACGCAUCCGCAGGUUGGUGAGCUCCAAUUGAAUGCUACAGGCGGGAACAGCAAGAAGGCGCUGAAGACAAUGAAUGAAGGCAUGAAAGAUAGUACCUGGAGUUCGAUUGUGGAAGAUUGGAGGUACAAGGUCAACGCCCUAGUCACCCAAGCACAACUACUACAGAUGGAACAAGGCUUGAAUCGAUACCAGCGUGUGCUCCCCAUCUUGAAGAACGCGGAGAAAGAGGGAAAGCUGUUGAGAGACGAAAUCAACGCCGCCCUUUCCGCGGUCACGGCGAAGGGCCAGUCUUCUAACGCAGAUGAAGAUCCUGAAGAUGAUGAAAGCAACGCCGGGAGUGAUGACGCUAAUGGCGGCUCCGCUGUGCAGAAGGGUACCUUGCGAAACCGGCUCAGGGAGGUGAUCAUUGCCCUUCAUCGUGCGUACUUCGUGAUGGGAGAUGUGUAUCAUGUCCUGGGGCGCAAAGAAGAAGAGGAUGCCGCGUAUGCACAAGCAGAAGAUCUGAGGAAGAGUAUUCUUGCUAACGCAGAGAAGGAUGCGCAAAACGCCAUGGCACAAUUAGCAAAGGAUGCUGCGUUGCAAGGAAUUACUGAGGAUGCUUUGCUUGUCGAGACCCCCUUUCUCCAUCAGGGUGCGGAAAUGCGAGCCAUCGAGGACAAGCGGAAGGCGAGGCGCAAUGAGAAUAGAGUUGCUAGGGGUCUGGCGCCUUUAUCCGAGUCGGAAGACGAGAAUGAAGAGGGAACCGACGUCGAUGGGUCAGACAGUGAUGCCUCCAACCCAGAGGUGAAGCCGAAGAAGAAAAAGAAGAAGCCUGUCCCAAUGUCUGCUUUGAUUGAGCAAGCCAACUUCAUCGCCAGCGAGGUCCUAAAUCAACAGGCCAAUCUAAUGUGGGAAUGGCGUACUCGACUCACGGAACUAUUGACGCGAAAGAUUGCGCCUCAAGGCAGUGGUGAGGAUGAAGCUGAUGGACAGGAAUAUCAACGCAGCCUCGACGACCAAGGAGCCGCCGAAAGCUACAUGCAGGCAUACUCCAUCUUGAUUGCCGAUCACCGGGAGGCAUUGAUCAAGGAGCGUACCAUCCUCGCAGCUCAUGAUGCGAAGGAGAAACGCAAGAGGCAUACUCGGGCCGCCAUGAACGCAGCUGAGACAGUUGCACCCGAAAUCAGAGAUCUCGACGACGAGAAUCAAGCGUUAUACGUCGAACUCUCGUACCAACGCAAGGAUCUUGUGGAGCAAUUGGAUGGAAGAGCAAUCAAGAGUAUCCUCUCUGAUCUCAAGGCGCGUAUGACCAAGAUCAGAAGUGAGAAGGACCCGGAAAAGAUAUUGUUGAGGGACGCGAUUGCAAACAUCCAUGUUCUACUCAAUGAAAGGGCCCCCUUACUAGAAAAACUAGAAGUCGACUUGAGCUCCUUCCGCAAGGUCUUCAACCUUCGGGUUAUUUAUUUCGCCCAGCUCCAAGAAAUCUCGGAUUCUGUUGCACAACCUACGAUUGAGACAACCUUACCAGAUACGAUCAAUGCGAUCCAAGUAGAGCUUCAGGAACUGGACGCGAAGAUCAACACUAGUAAAGCGCGGCACAGAUAUCUUGCCCAUCUUGCUCAGGCCGGUAAUGUGCAGCCAGAAGACGACGACGACGAUCGAGCAUGUAUUCUUUGCCGACACGACUUCAUUCGAGGUUUCAUCACACCAUGCGCGCAUAUCUUCUGCGAACCGUGUCUUCAAGCUUGGUUAGCUAGAAAGGAAGGCAAAACGUGCCCCGUCUGUCGCGUACCCGUUGCCGCUGACCAGAUGCAGCGGUUCACAGUCGAUGAAGCCGACAAAGCCCCUGAGCGGAACCCUAUCCAGAGCGAUGUUGUGGUCCCGAAAUCUCGUCGCGUCAUCGAGUAUAAUGCUAUCGAUGCCUCGCUCUUCGAGAAAAUACAAUCUGUGUCUUCGUACGGGGACUUUGGUAGCAAGAUCCAAACACUUGUGAAACAUCUGCUAUACCUCCAACAAACCGAGCCGGGGACGAAGAGUAUAUGUUUCUCCUCCUGGCCAGAUUCACUGCACAUCUUGCAACGUGCACUGAAUGAUAACGACAUUCCUUCCAUUCGUAUCGACCAGAAGAAGGGCCACAAUAGUGCAGCGAAGCGAUUCAGAACCGAUCCAGACAUUCUCGUACUUCUGCUCCAUGGGGAACGUGAAAAUGCUGGCCUAAAUGUAACUUGCGCAUCCAGAGUUUUCCUUCUAGAGAGUGUCGUUCAUCAUGGGUUUGAAAUUCAAGCAAUCGCUCGUAUUGAUCGGAUGGGCCAAACUCGUUCCACCGAAGUGUUCUGUUAUUAUGCAGAAGACACCGUGGAGAGGAAUAUCCUCGACCUCGCAGCUCGCCAGGGCUUGUCUUUGUACACCAAAGAUAACGCAGCUGGUACAUUGAAUACCGCCAAGUUCGGCGUUACUCCGCAAAAUGCAAGGCCUGCCGAAGCGAAAGCGAAGAAAGAAACUAUCAAAGGCGACUUCAUUGGAAAGGUUGACGACAUGUUGGCGGUACUGUUUCCUCACAUGUACGAAGAUGUGGAGUAUCUAGUCGACCAAGAUGGCGACGCUCAGAUGGUAGAAUCGCGUCAAGCAUUCAGUGCUACUGAGGCGGAAUCUUCAACGGGAGCCACCACCCGGAGUAGGAGAAGACUGCCACCACAGGUCAAUGCCGUAGCUGGCCCGUCCCGAAUACGCUAA